AUGGCAGUUGUACAUGAUUUAGCUGAAUACAUAACACCAUUUCAAGGCAUAAGUAAAUCAGAAAAAAAUCGUAGAGAAUCGGAGGCAAUGAAACAUCUGUGCAAAGAAUUACUUAAUGACUCUCAACAAUCUAAAGAAAUAUUUGAUUUAUGGCAAGAAUAUGAAGAUGGAAUUAGCAAUGAAGCAAAAUUUGUUAAAGAUUUGGAUAAAUUUGAAUUGAUACUCCAAGCAUUUGAAUAUGAACAAUCUCAAAAUAAAGAUUUAGAAGAGUUUUUUGAGUCAACAAAAGGAAAAUUUAAUCAUUCGCUUGUAAAAUCAUGGGUUGGAGAAUUAUAUCGCAAGCGUAUGGAUGUAGUUAAAAAAGAAGAAAUAGAAGAUGAUAUUGAUGACAAGGAGGAUGUUUGGAUUGUGCAGCAAUCAUCGCAUAAAUGGAUUUAG